UCUCUAAACUCUAGUUGGUCCAACAGAACCUCUGUAACCGGAAGAAACCGACUGGAUGGAAUUUAUUAUGUUUAUCUUCCGUGUCUGUUUUAUUCCUGAUUUAUCUGUUAUUAGCUCAGUGAUGCUAAAGUUAGCUUAGCUCACUAGCUGCUAACAGACCUGUCAGUGUGUGAUGGAGACAAACUGUGUUUCUAACGGAGUUUGUGUGGAGAAAAAGUGAAAAAUGUCAGAAAAAGUCCAGAUCCUGAGGUCGUUGGUGGAGCAGAGACUAACUGCAGCUGCUGAAGAGAUAUUUGGGCUGUUUGAAAGAACCAUAGCAGAGUACGAGGAGGAACUUUGUCGAACUAAAGAAGAAAACCAGAGACAAAACCAAAUACCGGACACAGUUUCAUUACAUACACCAGUGGGCUCCACAGACACCCACCAACAGUUUGUGGUUAAAGAAGAGGUUCCUCUUGAGCAGGAGGAGUGGAGCCUCAGUGUGGACCAGAACCAGGAGGACACAGAGAACCACCACAUUAAAGAGGAACAGGAAGAACUGUGGACCAAUCAGGAGGCUGAUAUCACCAAGCUCCAGUCCACUUCUAUCCCUGUGAAGAGUGAAGAUGAAGAGGAAGCUCAGUCCUCACAGUUUCAUCAAAGACAAACUGAGAAGAACCAAGAAGAAACUGAUGGACAAGACUGUGGAGGAUCAGAACCAGCCAGUAGCUUGGAUCCACAUAGACAUUUACAGUCUGUUAGUGAUGAUAAUUCUUCAGAUUCAAGUGAAACUGAGGACAGUGAUUGUGAUUGGACAGAAACACACAGAAGUCAGUCAGGUUCAGAAAGUGUUAAAACAAUUAAACUUGUAAAGACUGAUAAUGGAUUGUUGACUAAGGAGCGGUCAUUUCCUUGCUCAUGUUGUGGUAAAAGAUUUAGCAAGAAGGGAAACCUGAGCAGACACAUGAGGUACCACACAGGAGAGAAGUCACUGAGCUGCUCUGACUGUAAUAAAUCCUUCAAAAACAGACGAUCAUUAACAACGCACAUGAGGUUUCACACUGGAGAACAGCCCUACAGUUGCUCAGAAUGUGGAAAGAGUUUCAGUCGGCGGGGGAACUUUCAACGGCACAUGAGGUACCACACAGGGGAAAAGCCUUUUACCUGCUCAGUUUGCACUAAAAGCUUCCAUGUCAAAGAACACCUGAACAGGCACAUGAGGGUUCACACAGGGGAGAAACCAUUCACCUGUAACAUCUGUGGGAAGUGCAGCGCUGCAAAAGGAGAUCUGACCAAACACAUGAGAGUUCAUACCAGAAAAAAGCCAUAGAUUUACUCUGUGUGUGGAAAGAGUUUCACUGAAACUGGAUAUCUGAAGAGACACAUGUGGGUUCACACAGAGGAAAGGCCCUUAAGCUGUAACAUCUGUGGGAAGUGUUGCACUGUAAAAGAAGAUCUUACUAGAAAUAUGAAAGUUCAUACUGGGGAGUCCCUUUCAGACCAAAGGCAGACAAUUAGGGCUUUCACACCG